AUGACAGAUUCUGACGUAAAACGAACAAUGAUUCCAGUGCUGUAUGCCUCUCAGACAGGUAACUCGGAGUAUUUAGCCAGAAAUAUGCUUACAAAAUACUCCAACGUCUUUGUAUCAGAAUUAGACCAGUUUGAUCUGCUCCAACUCAACAAAUAUCCAUUUAUAGUAUUCAUCGUAUCUACGCACGGUGAAGGAGAUCCACCAUUCAAUGGAACCUCAUUCUAUGACCAUCUUUCAGGACUAGCAGAAAUCACGAAAAAGAAGCCAUUUGAUUUCACCUUCUGCUGCCUUGCAUUAGGUGAUUCAUCGUACAGGCAUUUCUGUAAAUUUGGAAUGGACUUGUCCAAAUUACUGGUGUCAUUGGGUUGCAAAAUGAACUGUGAUAGCGUCCAUUGCGCUGAUCAAAUGGAUGAACACGGAUUUUACGAUGGAUUCAACAACUUUAUUGAAAAACACAGAAAUCAAUUUGUAGAAAGAGUGGAAAUCACCCUACCAAAGUACAAAGAUGAGAAACCAGAUAAAAACAACUUCCAGGCCACCGUAAUAUCCAACAAUCUGCUCUAUGAAUACACUGAAACAGGCAAAAACUAUGUCGCAUACGAGUUACUACUUGAAAUACCUGAAUAUACGACAUUCAAACCAGGAGAUUGUAUUGGAAUUCUUCCAAAAAACACAAUCAGCAAGGAAACACUCUUCAAAUACGUCCUAUCCAAAGACGUAGACCACUUUUACGAUCACUUUGAUCUCUAUUCCAUGCCACAUUGGAAACUAUUCAACAGUCUGAUUUCUGAUGGUGAUAAAAUAUACCAGGAUAAGAUUGCUGAAAUUGCAGCUGACUAUGAUCUGUACCUUGAUUACGUGAUUGAAAACAGGAAGAACCUCUUUGAUAUCCUUGAUGAUCUAAGAAUCACCCAAAUAACCAAUACGCCUGAAAUCACCCAACACAUCAACCAAAUCAGCCCCAGAUACUUUUCAGUCUCGAAACUGUCAAGUGGCUACUUCUCAAUUCUCUACAAUUUCCCAGUUGAUAAACUCGGCCUAGCCACCCAAUACAUGAAAGAGUUGAAAUCAACCAAUCUGCUCCAAAUCACCACCACCAAGUCACGCCUCUUCUUUGAUAACCAGAAACUGCUCUUCUUCUGCACCGGAACAGGCUUCACUCUUCCCAGAUCUGCUGCUGAGUUCUUCCCCAAUAAGGAAAUCCUGGUUUACUACGGUCACAGACACCACAACCAAGACUGUCUCUUCAAGUUGUCAUCAAUCAGUUCCAAUCAUCACAGAAUCACCUGUGUUGCAUCUCGUGAUGACAACUUAUACGUUCAAGACAAGUUCUACAAUGAUAUCACCCAAUCUCCUGAAAUGAUUUCCAAUAUUGAUGAAUGGCUGAUAUUUGUGAGUGGAAACACUAGACUGAAUAAGGAAGUCAGAAAAGUGCUACUGAAAUUAUUCAAAAAGAGUGUUCCAAUUCAAUCUGAGACGUGGUAG